AUGAGUGGAGGUAACCAGCCCUACAUGUACGACAAGUUCGACAGGUUCGACGAUGACCGCUUCCCGACCUCUUCUUUUGAUCCCAAGGCCGUCACCCGGGCCAGCUGGGAGCCAAAGCCAGUCAAGUCCAAGCAUGAGGGGCCACUUGUGUCUUUCAAUCGCCACCCAGACGCACAUGAGAUUCGUGGGCCACGUUCACCGUUCAGGACCUUCGGGCCUGCCACAAAAUGGUGGAUCAAGUGGAUGAGAAUACUGCAGCUGGCCUUCCGCGUGCUCGAGAUGAUCGCCGCGGCUGGCAUUCUCUUCUUCAUGAUCGUCAUUACUGAGGUCAGCCCCUUGACCGCGUGGGUCAUGAGGAUCACCGCCGGCGCAGUUCUGAUUCACUGUGUCUACGGCAUCUUCCAUCUUGCGCGCCCGGCCGGGGCGAGGCCCCCCGGGUCCUCUGCCGGCUACCAGAUAUUCUCCGCCAUAUCUGACCUCACCGCGCUCCCUCUCUACGCCUUUGGUGCUCUGUCUGUACACAACUCGAGUACUGAGUGGGCGACCCUGCUCAACCCACAGACCCUCAUGGACUAUUUCCUGCCUUCCCUGUACUACACCCUCGUCGGCGGCGGGGCCUUGCACUUCUUGUCGCUAUGCAUCAGCCUCUGGCUGGCCCUCAAGUUCAGGCAGAUCGUCAGGAUGCCCCCUGACUGCAACCCCCUCGAGGACAACCUGACUUCCAGACAGCACAAGAGGAACAAGUCGUCCAUGGCAACAGCCACCACCUUCGUCACAGAGAACGAGAAGCGUCUGUCGACCCCUCUCGACGGCCGCCGGUACUCUGGUAUCCCGGAUGAUGACCUCAGCCGCCCGCCCUCUAUUCCCUUCCACGCCACUCGCUCCAGCCCACGCAGUUCCUUCGGCUCAGCCGAUUUCCCUGCGAGGCAGUACCAGAUCACACCCGGGAACUCACCCAAGAACUCGCCUCGGAACUCAGCCACUGCAGAGGAUUUCAAAAGAAUGUCCGGCGUGCCAUCAUCGCCUCACUCCAGCAAGCCCGCCCCGCCACCUCACCGGAGCCCCUGGCGCGGCUCUUAUUCUUCCUAUGCUGAGGUUCCCACACGUGAUAUCGUUCCGGACUCACCUAGGAGCUAUGGUCAUCAGUCCAGACCUAGCACCGGCACCGUAGCCUCUCACCAUCCUACCAUCACAAACGCACCGGACACUGCUCCACUACCAAGGCCCGCGCGGUUCACCGAGUCCUGGUUACCUACGGACUCGCUGAUCAACCGCACGCAGGAGCGUAACCGCGCCAUAAACGCUGCCGAGAGGGCGGCCGAGAAGAGAAAGACGGUGCUAGGCUACGAGUCCCUGAGCCACCCAUAUUACGACACGCGUGAUUCAGACUCCGAGUCCGAUUACGAGAAUGACAGGACUGGCGGCGGGCGAGGCUACCGGGGCCUAAUGAGCCCGGGCGCGGACGAAUUCGACGAGAACGACGGCGACCUGGGGUCCGGGCAUCCGAACCCGCUGCGGUCCAACCCGUCGCUCGCGAACGUGGCCCAGUUCGCAGGGAAGCAGGGCCGCAACCCCAACAGCACCCCGAUCAUCCGGAAAUCAUCCGCCCUGUCCGAGAUCGACCUCAACGACCGGCGGGUAAGCGGCAGCAACAACAACAGGCAGGCGGGCAAGACCGCCGGCGACAUCACGGACGAGAAGCCGUCGCGCAGCUACGGCGGGCUCAAGGCCAGCCUCAGCAAGCGCUACACGUGGGCCGGGGCGCGCAACCGCAACAGCUCCAUCCAGCCCGAGUCAGACUUCUACUCAAAGCCGUACGGUGAGCUCAAGUCUGCGACGCCGCCCGUCAUCAUCGGCAGCGACAGGCAGGUCUCGUCAGGCAACGACUUGGACCUGAGCGGUGCGGGUGGUGGUGAGGCUGCACAGAGAUACUUCUCCUUCGGGAAGAGGAAUGUGAGCGGGAAGGUUGCAGAAGAGGGCCGGGGAAUCGGCUGGGCUAGAUAA